AACAUUGUGCGGCGAUUACAUCGAACGGAUAGGAUUUCAUAUUUUCCCGUUCAACCAUUCAGAUUUCCCGAACCCUGGGCUCCUGUGCUUAAAACCUGCCUAUAAAUAGUCGAUCAACAGGGUUUUGAGUUCAUCUCACUCUAUCGCUCAAGGGUUAGGGUUUUCUGAUAGAGCAAAGACAGUGAAGUCGAGAGAAAACCAGAACUCCAAGGUCGAGUCAUAAACGGAUGUUUCAAAGGGUGUAAGUCAGUAUUCUGUUGAGCUGAGAUUGGGUUCUUCUUCUUAGUGGAGGAGACUGGAUAGAACAAGGAGGACUUUAUCAUGGAGCUUUUGGAACUUCUUCUUGUUGCAGCUAAGCCUGUUGUCAAAGUGCUUAUUAUAACUGCACUUGGGUCGUUCUUGGCCUUAGGUCGUGUAGACAUUCUUGGACCAGAGGCGAAGGAGCAUUUGAACCGAGUUGUAUUCUUUGUAUUUACUCCAGCUCUAGUGUAUUCAAAGCUCUCCAAGACAAUCACAUGGAAUAGCUUAAUGUUGUUGUGGUUCAUGCCCAUUAAUAUUCUUCUCACAUUUAUUGUUGGUUCUGCUCUUGGGUGCGUGCUUAUAAAAAUUACCAAGCCUCCUCCUCAUUUGAGAGGUCUCAUCAUUUCUACUUGUUCUGCAGGAAAUUUGGGGAACCUGCUUCUCAUUAUCGUCCCAGCAUUGUGCCAAGAACAAGGGAGUCCUUUCGGUGAUGCUGAUACAUGUGAUUCCUAUGGAAAUGCUUAUGCAGCACUUUCCAUGGCGAUAGGUGCCAUUUUUAUCUGGUCUUAUACGUACAAUAUCUUACGCAUGUAUGCAAAUGGAAGCACUAAUGAAACUGAAGGACAGAAUGGUGCAGCUGAGAGCACAUAUACGUGCAGUUUUCCUGAAGAACCUUCAAAUUUGCCUGAAAAUGGCCAUGCGGUUGGAGAAAGUUCAUGCCAAAGACUCUUGAGCUCUGUGCAUAAUGAGAAUCAGAUUACAAUAUCUUUGAUUAGAAGUACGGAAACUCCUCAUAAGCAGAAGGCACCAAUGCUUAAAAGGGUGUCAAACAUGCUUAGCAAUCUUCAUUUGGAGAAAUUGUUAGCUCCUUCAACUAUUGCAGUGGUAAGCCACCAACAUUUAGUUUUCUGCUGUUUUUUGAAUGGUUGUGUUAUUGUCUUUUUCUUUUCUUGCAGUGAAGGUGCAAUCCCAUCCUUGACCCUUAUUUUGGGAGCGAAUCUUUUGAAGGGUUUGAAUUCGUCAGAGAUGCGCAUCAAUCUCAUCAUAGGAAUCAUAAUCAUGCGUUAUAUCCUUCUUCCUCUCGCUGGUAUUGGCAUAAUUAAGUUGGCAAGUCACCUUGGACUGAUUUCUUCUGAUCCCUUGUAUAAAUUUAUACUUCUCACUCAGUAUGCGCUCCCACCUGCAAUGGCGAUAGGUACCAUGACACAAUUGUUUGGUGCAGGCCAAAGUGAGUGCUCAAUUAUUUUCCUUUGGACCUAUGCAUUGGCAAUCCUCUCUCUUACCUUGUGGUCCACUUUUUUCUUGGUCCUGGUUUCUUGAUAUUAUUGCUUAUUUAUUAUUUGAACCUGUCAUAUUUUUAAUUUGAAUUCUCCAUCAGGGUAAAUGGGGAUUAUUCUUACUCUUUCAUUCUUCUAGGAACUUAUUUCUAUUAUUUUCAAGGGGUAUGCUCACCUUAUCAUGAGCUCCCCUUCAAAUUCAUUGUCAGGCUCUCUAUUUAUGGGUCCCUCUGCUCAGUAGUAUUCGCAGUUCCUCUUUUCUUAAUUUUCUGUUGAUUAUGGAAUGUUGCAUAGAAACUGACACAGUCAGGAGUAUCUAGUUCGCUGGUUUAAAAAGACAACAUAGCGAGACAUGUUUAUGCUUAUUAUUUAUAAAUGAAUAUUGUAUUCAGUGUA